AUGCUCGCCCCGUGCAAGAACCUGCUCGCCCGGCCGCUGCGGCUGGUGCUGUUCGCGGCCUUUGUCUACGCCUUCUGCUGGAUCAAGGGCUGGCCGCGCGAGUACGACGACGAGGAGCUGCCGCCCAGCCAGCGCUCCCGGCACGACACGCCGCCCACCGUCGCCCCCGACCAGCUCGUCGUGGCCGUCUUCACCACGGCCACGGACGUCUACGCCAAGGUCGCCCCGACCAUUGUCCACGUCGACGCCCAGGAUCAGGGCACGCUGCUGCACUUUGGCGACCUGCAGAUGGCCGUCGGGCGCUGGCCCGUCUUCGACGCCGUGGCUUCCCUGCCGUGGGCCUUCAUACAGUCGACGCGCGAGCUGGCCGGCUACGUGCGCCAGCUCGACUACCACCAGCGCGGCAUCCCGCUGGGCGAGCUGACCGAGCAGGACCCGCGCCGCGAGAGGGAGCGUCUGGCCACGCUGGCCAAGUACAAGGUGCUGCCCGCCAUGAGCGACGCCUGGCACUUCCGCCCGAACCGCACCUGGUACGCCUUUGUCGACGACGACACCUUCAUCGACCGCUCCAACCUGCUCGACUGGCUGGCCCACCACGACGCCAACACGACGGCCUUUUUCGCCAACCCCCCGACGUACAAUGGCCCCGGCGCCCCCGACGCCUUCGCCCCCUUUGCCGCCAACGGCACCUCGUUCAUCCUGUCUGGCCGCGCCAUGAGGGAGCUCCUCGAGGUGCGCACCGACGUCGUCAAGACGUGGAUGCCCUACAUCGCCGGCCACAGCUCCGCCCUCGAACUCGUCGCCGACGUCGUGCUGCGGGAGCUCAACACCAGCCCACAACCCCUGUCACCUGGCAUGUCCGGCUUCGCGCCCAGCAGCGUACCCUUUGGCCCCUACGCCUCGUGGUGCGAGCCCGUCACCAUGCUGCACCACGUCCCCGUCAACGCCGCGAGCGACAUCUGGCGCCUCCAAAAGGCCCACGCAGAAGACAAGAACGCCACGGGUCCCCUCGUGUUUGCACAUCUCUGGUUCAGCUUCCUGUCCACACAGACCCUCGACGACCCGCGAGACGACUGGGACAAUCUCUCCUCCGACUUCACCAAUGCGCGCUGGAACAUGCUGUUCGAGGGCAAACAGCACGAUGUGCAUCGCGCCAUCAAAGCAGAGACCUCUUGGGAGGCCUGCCAGGCGUCGUGCAACAAAAACGAAAACUGCGUUCAGUGGUCCUACUCCACCGUUCCCUCGCCCAACUGGAACGAGAACAAAGAGACACGUUGCCAUUUGAGCAGCAGUAUAAGGCUGGGAGAACACACCAAGCCGCAAGAGCUGACUGUCAACGGAGAGAAGAAGAAGAGUACUUGGAAGAGCGGAUGGAAGAAGAGCAUGUUCCAGGCGUGGGCGAAGGCAGAGCAGUGUAAGCCGAAACCGCAGAGCUGA